GCACCGGGGCCUCCGCCAUGGCGACAGUGCUGUCCAGGGCGCUCAAGCUCCCGGGGAAGAAGAGCCCAGACCUAGGGGAGUAUGAUCCCCUCACACAGGCCGACAGUGACGAGAGUGAAGACGAUCUGGUACUUGACCUGCAACAGAAGAAUGGAGGGGUCAAAAACGGGACGAGUCCUCUGGGGGAAGCACCAGAGCCUGACUCCGAUGCUGAAGUUGCAGGGCCUGCAAAGCCACAUCUGUCAGAGGUCACCACAGAGAGGUACCCCGUGGAGCCCCUCGGAGGCCUGGAGCAGAAGGCAGCCUCUUCCAUUGUGUCUUAUGUGCGCACAUCUGUGUUUCUGCUGACUUUGGUGGUCUCCAUGGUCCUGGUGCUCGUGUGUGCUUUCCUGAUCCCCUGUCCCCCCAGAGAUCUGCACAGCACUUGGAGCCGCCACUUGGGCCCCCAAGGAGGUGGGGACCUGUCUCCAUUGGAGUUGGCGGAUGUGAAUGGAGAUGGUCUGCGUGAUGUGCUUCUGUCCUUUGUAACGUCAAGGAACGGGAGUGCAGUCGGUGUCUCAGGGCCACCUGCUGUUCUCAUGUGCCUUUCGGGGAUGAAUGGCAGCACACUCUGGUCGAGUCCUCUCCCGGAGGAGGCUCGAGAUAUCACAUGCUUGGAUCUGAUGCCAGGAAGCAUGCCCGGGACCGUCUGCCUUGUGACAGGGACCCACAAGAUGCUCAGCGCUUUCAAUGCGACAUCAGGGAAAGCUAUUUGGACUUUAAACUCAAACUACCUAUCCAACGGUACCCUGGCUGCCCCAGGGGUGGUGCUGCCGGAUGUGGAUGAAGAUGGCGUUAGAGAUCUUGUGGUUCUGGCUGUUGGGGAGCCGCAGCCAGAUCUGUGCUUUCUGCUGGUGUCUGGCCGGACAGGGCGUCCAGUGGGCCGACCUGUGAAGUACAACGUCGUGGGAGUGGGGAAUCUGAUUGGUCCUCAGGUUUACGUCACCGCGAAUGGGGCAGUCUACAUCCUGUUUGGCUUCGGAAAUAUCCAGGCUGUUGCCCUGCGGGACCUUUUUGUUCAAGCCCAAAAUCGAGACAGCUCACCACCUUCUCUGCAGAUCGAAGAGCCAGAAUGGGAGAAGCGAAGAUCCAUCAACCUUUCAGAACUCAUUGACAUUUACAGUGAUGGUGUUGAGCUGCUCCAGAUGGUGAAGGCUCCAGACUCCAACUGUAGCAACCUCCUGAUUACGACCAGCCAGGUCCUGGUCCUGCUUCGGGGGCAGAAUCUUACUCCAUACUGGACUCUGAGACUUCCAGGCCUGCACAGCCAGCCUACUCCUGGGUAUUUCACUGAUGAUCAGACAUUAGACUUCCUUCUGCAGAUACAGGAUGGAGUUGGGAUGAAAAAGAUGAUGGUGGUGGACGGGAACUCUGGCUCUGUGGUUUGGAGUUACAGUGCUCCGUGUCACAUGGAAAGAUCACCGACCACCUCAGCAGUCACUUCAGACCAGAAGUCUGUCUUCCUCUUUUGGGCUGAAGGGUUGUCAGCGACACCUCCCAAUUCCGAUGUCAUCCUAGGAACCGAGCCACCCGGCCUUCAUCACCUUUACCUCCUGCACCCGGCGUUCCCCUCGAUUCUCCUGGAUCUGGCCAAUGCCACAGGCACAGUGACGGCCUCAGAGGUUGGAAUUAACGACCUCUGGAAAGACGCCUUUUAUGUUACCAGGACAACGGGGCCAAGCUCCAGAGGCCAUCCAGCACCCCUGGUGGUCAGCAAGCUGAGUCUGCGGUGGGCACUGAUGGAAGGCCAGAUGGUCCAGCUAAAGGAGACCACCCCCAAAAUUGGCCGUGGGGAGCUGCGACGAUUCCUCUCUAGGAUAAAGUUUGUUGAUUCUCCCUUGCAGAUCUAGUCUGACGGAACCUUUAAUUUAAGAAGUGAACAGAAUGGAUACUGUCUCUCUCCUGCGAGUAUAAAAUCGGUUCUUUGGAGAGAAGGAAGGCAUCUCCAGCCUCGUCAGCCCCUGCGUGGUUGUUGCAGAGCCAACUCUGGAAGGCAUGCUGGUCCUCUGGCAACGGCCGAGCUGUGUAGUUGGGGUAUUUUACCUGCUUUUUCAAUCUGUGCAGUAACCCCUCCUCUAAGCACCCUGUGUGGAUAAUUUGGAAAUGUGAAUCUAAUAAGUGUUUUAUUUUUUGUAUGUCUAAUUUAUAAACUCUUGCUGGGAAAUCCCAGUGAAGUUCCUCACUAGAACAUUUUUGUUUUGCAUCAUACUGUGUGUGUGUAUUUUUCAGCGCUGUGAUGAAAUGUUUUCUAGAUAUGUCCCAAGCACCAGGGACACAGUUUCUUGUUCUUCUGAAAUACAUCUGGUUUGUGUGGUCACCUUGAGGUUUCCAGAAGGCCUACCUCUGAUUUUUAGGGCCACUCGUCAUUUCUGUCCUCUGAUUUUUAGGGCCACUCGUCAUUUCUGUCCUCUGAUUU